GUGUUACUAUUGGUAUGUUUGGGUCGAUGAAAGCAAAAAAUAACUGAUUAGUUGUUCUAUUAUAGAACUGAUUAGUUGUUCUACUAUAAUAGAGAGUAUAGGGAAGACUUAUUUUUGUUUUUCUUCGAAAAAGAAUCAAAUUUAGAAAUAUUCAUGGUAACCAGUCGUGCAGAUGAAAUUAGUCAAAUUAUCCGUAAACGUAUUCAGCAAUAUAAUAUCGAAGUAAAAAUUGUAAAUACAGGUACCGUACUUCAAGUAGGCGAUGGCAUUGCUCGUAUAUAUGGUCUUGAUGACGUAAUGACAGGUGAAUUAGUAGAAUUUAAAGAGGGUACUGUGUGCAUUGCUUUGAAUUUAGAAUCAAAAAAUGUUGGUGUUGUAUUAAUGGGUGAUGGUUUGAUGAUACAAGAGGGAAGUUCCGUAAAAGCAACAGGAAGAAUUGCUCAGAUACCAAUAAGUGAGGGUUAUUUGGGUCGUGUUGUAAAUGCCCUAACUAAACCUAUUGACGGUCGAGGAGAAAUUUCAACUUCGGAAUCUCGGUUAAUUGAAUCUCCCGCUCUCGGUAUUAUUUCCAGACGUUCCGUGUAUGAGCCUCUUCAAACAGGACUUAUUGCUAUUGAUUCUAUGAUCCCUAUAGGGCGUGGCCAGCGAGAAUUGAUUAUUGGGGACAAACAAACAGGUAAAACAGCAGUAGCUACAGAUACGAUUCUCAAUCAACAGGGACAAAAUGUAGUAUGGGUUUAUGUAGCUAUUGGUCAAAAAGCAUCUUUUGUGGCUCAAGUAGUAACUACUUUACAAGAAAGAGGAGCAAUGGAAUACACUAUUAUAGUGGCUGAAACAACAAAUUUCCCAGCUACAUUACAAUACCUCGCGCCUUAUACAGGAACAACUCUAUUGCUUUACCCAAUUUCAAGUUUAAGAUUAUCACAAUAG